GACCUUAUAAAUAUGAAGUAAAUAAUCCAUGUAUUUGUUUAACAAAAUGAAGCACGAACGUCCCUGAUCGCCCCCACGUCUCCUCGCCAAUUAGUCAGUCUUGGAGUUUCCGGCAUGGCUUGCCUCAAUUUCCCGGCAGGAUUUCUCGGAUGACACACCGAUUUCCGACAUGUGCCUUCGAUAAGAAGUAUCUGCUGCGCCCCCAUCAAGUUGUAUUGUACCGGGAUCUUUUCUCCCUCUUGUGAAUUAUGGACGCGUUCAACUCGGUGGAGUCGGACGAUAAUCCCGUGAGCGUGCAGAGGGUCCUCCAGCCGUCCACGGGCAAAUCCGCAGCAUUCUCCGGCAAUCACAGCGUCCACGACUCGUCUCCCAAGAGAAGUAAGAAAGCUGUACAGAAGAAAGUGAUCACUGUUCCGAUCAGUGAUAUCGAGGGCUCCAAGCAAAAAGGCGAGACGACUCCACCUUCCGAUUCGUGGGCAUGGCGGAAGUAUGGGCAGAAACCAAUCAAGGGAUCUCCUUAUCCAAGAGGGUACUACCGGUGCAGCAGCAGCAAAGGGUGCCCGGCGAGAAAGCAGGUGGAGAGGAGCCGGCUGGACCCCACCAUGCUCUUGAUCACGUACGCCUGCGAACACAACCACCCCUUGCCGGCGGCCGGCCGGACUCCCGGUCAGGCCGACGAGACCAAGCCACAGCGGGAGGAGGCCAAGAAGCCGCACCCGGAGCCUGAGUCAGGGGAAGCCGCGAACAAGUUCGAGCUCGACGAUGACGUCUUUGCUGGAAACGGCGUCUGCUGGUUCUCCGACGUCGCGGAUCACGCCAUCCUCUCGGAGGCUAUGCAGAUGGACGGUGGAGACUUGGGCUGCACUCAAAUGGGCAGCGAUGGUAGUGGCGUUGGUGGCGGUGGGGAGGUGGACUUCGGCGAGGACGAGUCUUUUUUCGCCGAUCUCGCUGAGUUGCCGGAGGGCUCGGUUGUUUUCCGGCGGGGCGGAGUCUUUGCGGAGGAGGAGUGCCUGGAGGAGGAACAGCGGCGCGCCGCCCUCAGGACGGCCCCUAUUGGAUAAGAAUCAAUCUCUCUCUCUGAUAUUGGAAAAAGAAAAACCGCUUUUUGUCUUCUUUCUACCAUUACUACGUUCGACGAUGUAACGUCUAAGAAAGAAAGGUAUUUUCUUCACAUUUUUGUUGCAGUGAGUUCUAAACUUUUAUUUUCCUGAUAUCUCCACUUUGAAUCUGCCUAACCAUAUUAUUGUAUUUUAAAAAGAUGGGUCUUAAAUGCAAGUUGAAGCAUAUUGAAAUCUCUUCAUGUA